AAGUCGGGAAGUCGCAACUUGUGAUUGGUGGGUGCUUCAUGCCUUUUGCUUUUGCGGCACGAAUUUUCGUCGAAAACCGCUUUACAGCGUCGAUGGUCUUAUCCUACUUUAUCCUCCUUUAAGUUACAACUUACAGCUAAGAUCUUGAUAUUUGAAUAGUUAAUGAAACAUCCACGAUGCCACAAUGGAUUGGAGUGAAACCACUGUCCCAAACAUGUCUCAAUUUGAUAACAAAUAAGAUGGCUUCGAUGUGUGACAAGACAUCAAGCACCGCUAUAACUAGCAAUACAACAAACCAAAGUUAUUUUGAUCAAUUACCUUCAAAGUUUUUGGAAGAAAUGAUCAGCACUCUCCAAACCAAAGGAUGUCUGAAACAAUUCCUUUGUUUGUUGGCAGCUCCACAACUUGGGACCUUAUAUCUGGAAGUUUUGUCAAAGGAAGAAUAUUCUGUUCAUUUCGUCAAUUCACUGAGAUGUGUAUACUUAAGAAACCUACAUCUCCGGUCAUCAGUUCAUAUUAAUGACAUCUUCUUGACUUCCAUCAUUCCUACAUUUGCAAAAUUACAAGUUCUGGUGAUUUCGAAUUCUUCAGCUGGGGACAAGAGCUUGAAAGUUAUAGGAACUUGUUGCAGAUAUUUGAGAGAACUGGAAAUUAUUGACUGCAAGAAAAUUACAGAUUUUGGAGUAGGAAUGCUGUGUGUUAAUAGUGCGCGAAAUCUAGGAAGGGAAGGUGAUGAAUUGGGACUGCAUAAAUCUCUUCUUAAAUUGAGUUCGUCUGGUACUAAAAUUACCAACACAGGAAUACGGUUGGGCUUGGAAACUUUCCAUAGUCUUAUAGUCUGGGAUAUGGUAACUGGAAAUUUCUUGGCGGAAAUUCACGAAGAAGAUUUCUUGAAUCCAUCCUCGGAGAUUUAGAACUUGUAUUCCUUGAUGCAUUUGGGAUUCACUUGCAGUUAUGACUACAUCCCUAAAACUUUUGGAUUGGUUUUGUCUCUGUGUCCCUUUGUGAUUGAGUUAGAAAUCGAUAUCGAAGAAGGAUUCCUGGACGAUAGUGAAAUGCUAAGUUUGUUAUCCCUUGUAAAACUCCGUGAACUGAAAUUGGGUGGAGAUUUUACUUAUUCUAAUGUCACGUUUCGUGGUGGUGUGAUUCCAAUUUUAAAAAAAUUUGGAAAUUCAUCACUGAAGACACUUUCUCUGUCCGGAUCGCACUUGUAUGUCAAUAUUCCAGUAAUCACACAGCUUUGCCCGAACCUUCAAUGCUUUCACCUCUUGGGGAUAGAGACAUAUUCCGACGAAAAAUUCAAUGGAGAAGGAUUUAAGACUGAGUCUCAAAUAUUGAAGAAACUUGAAAAGCUGAGGAUUCAUGGGUUCGUUGGCUACAAUGGCUCAGAACUGAAACUGUUUCCGCGCCAACAUUUAAUCUUGCUAUUGUCUGCGCCUCAACUUUUGGACAUAGCUAUCGUUUAUUGCUUUACGCUAACAGACGACGUUCUCCAAGAGGCAGCUCGACUUCAAAAGUUCCAUUAUCUCGAAAAUUUUGAACUUAUAGAAUGCCACAAUGUGACUGAGAAAGGAAUUGAUAUCUUCAUGAAUGCUCAAAACACUCUUAAGAAGAUCACGUUACGUAAGUGUCGUCAAAUAACGAAGAGCAAUAUUGAAUGUUGGAAAAAGCAAGCUGAAAUGAACAAUUGGCAAAUAUUGAUCGAGUUCGAACAGUAUGAUGAUGAUGCUGAUGAUCAGUAGUGUUUAGUAGUUGAAGAUGUUGUAAAACUAAAUAUAUUUGUAAACUAAACGGAA